GGUAAUAAAACCGCCACUUGGCCACCUCCACGCAGGCAAUAAGUGGAAGCUCCUCCACCUCUUUUCCCGCCACCAUCUCUUCAUUCUGUAAGUACCAAAAGGGCUACAUUCGUCAUUCUGUAAAUAAAUAAAUAUUGUUUGCUAAUACAUUGUUGUCGCCAAAUUCGAAAGCCUGCCUGUGCAGAAGAGAAGAGAGGCGAGGAGAGGUGUUACAUAUCCUUCUCUUCCCUACAGAUCUUCUCUUCUUCAAUCCAAAACUCCCCAAUAUUUCUUUCUGAAAUUCUAAAUAAGAUAAUUGAAAAUAAACACACCAAUGGAGUCCUCUGAUAACUUGAGCGACAAGAACGCUGUUUUCAGAAAGCUGAAAACAAAAUCCGAUAACAAGAUGUGUUUCGAUUGUAAUGCAAAGAACCCGACGUGGGCGUCGGUGACGUAUGGGAUCUUUCUUUGCAUCGAUUGUUCUGCCGUUCAUCGGAGUCUCGGUGUCCAUGUCAGCUUUGUCAGGUCUACAAAUUUGGAUUCAUGGUCUCCUGAACAGUUGAAAAUGAUGAUCUAUGGAGGAAACAACCGUGCACAAGUUUUCUUUAAGCAGCAUGGAUGGACUGAUGGUGGCAAAAUUGAGUCCAAAUAUACUUCAAGAGCUGCCGAAUUAUAUAGGCAACUACUAGCAAAAGAAGUCACUAAAAGCAUGGAAGAAGAGGUGGGUAUGCCAUUGUUCCCUGUUGCUUCUCAGUCAUCGAAAGCAUCCAAUGGGUUUUUUGAUAGCAAGAUUGAUGAGACUCCUAAAGAAAGUUCUUUAGGAGGGUUAGGAAAACCGGAAGUUUCUGCUACACAAAAGGCUUCUCAUACGGUUGUGACAAGCACUGUCAAGAAGCCUCUUGGUGCAAAGAAGACUGGGAAAACUGGGGGGCUUGGUGCCCGGAAGCUUACUUCAAAGCCAAGUGAAAACCUCUAUGACCAGAAGCCUGAAGAGCCAGUUGCCCCUGUUACUUCCUCAACUAAAAACACUGUACCCAUUGCCUCAUCUUUUCCAUCGCGUUUUGAGUAUGUAGAAAAUGGUCAAUCUUCUGAAUUUAAUUCUGGUGGCCCACAAGUGGUUAGCCACAUUGCUCCUCCAAAAUCAUCAAGCUUCAUUGCUGAUUUUGGAAUGGACAGGGGGUUUCAGAAGAAUUCAGUCUCAAAUUCCCCAAAAGUGCAAGUUCAGGAAACAGAUGAAGCUAGAAGAAAGUUCUUGAAUGCGAAAUCUAUUUCAUCAGCCCAAUUUUUUGGUGAUCAGACCAGAGCAGCAGACAAUGACGCUCAAGUCACUUUGCAGAAAUUCUCAGGAUCAACAGCCAUCUCCAGUGCUGAUCUAUUUGGUAAAGGCGCAGAUCAUGACCUCACCGCUAGUGACCUCAUCAGCCGAUUCUCUUUCCAGGCACAACACGAUAUGUCGAACCUUAAGAACAUUGCAGGGGAGACUGGAAAGAAACUUAGCUCAUUUGCAUCCACUUUUAUGUCGGACCUGCAGGAUAGAAUGCUGUAAUGUAGUGUUUUGGGUCUGAAUAUAUACUAGUUUUUGUAGUGAAUGAAGAGCAAAAGUGGGUUUAUCAUACAAUUGGUUGACAGGGAGAAAUAAGAUGGUUAAAAUCCUCCACAGCACAGAGCGGAUGGUGUUUGUGUAUUGGGGACCUGAAACAAUGAAAAAAAAAAAAAAAAUCAAAGCUGCCAAAAUGGCAUUUCAUUACCUGUGUAUUCAUGUUCUUUUCUUUAUGUUAAUAGCUUGGGAUUCCUUACGUCAAUAAAUUUUGCAAUUUUCUUUCC